UCCCCUCCCCCUUCACGCCGCCGCUGCCGCGAUGCCCCCCCCUGCGCCCGGGGCCCGGCUCCGGCUUCUCGCCGCCGCCGCCCUGGCCGGCCUGGCCGUCAUCAGCCGAGGGCUGCUAUCCCAGAGCCUGGAGUUCAGCUCUCCUGCGGACAACUACACAGUGUGCGAAGGCGACAACGCCACCCUCAGCUGCUUCAUUGAUGAGCACGUGACCCGCGUGGCCUGGCUGAACCGCUCCAACAUCCUGUAUGCGGGCAACGACCGCUGGACCAGCGACCCGCGGGUACGGCUGCUCAUCAAUACGCCCGAGGAGUUCUCCAUCCUCAUCACCCAGGUGGGGCUUGGUGAUGAGGGCCUCUACACCUGCUCCUUCCAGACCCGCCACCAGCCGUACACCACUCAGGUCUACCUCAUCGUCCAUGUCCCCGCCCGCAUUGUGAACAUCUCCUCACCUGUGACCGUGAACGAGGGAGCCAGUGUGAACCUGCUCUGCCUGGCGGUGGGGCGGCCAGAGCCCACGGUCACCUGGAGGCAACUCCGAGACGGCUUCACCUCCGAGGGCGAGAUCCUUGAGAUUUCAGACAUCCAGCGGGGCCAGGCUGGGGAAUAUGAGUGCGUGACUCACAACGGGGUUAACUCGGUGCCCGACAGCCGCCGCGUGCUGGUCACAGUCAACUAUCCUCCGACCAUCACGGACGUGACCAGCGCCCGCACCGCCCUGGGCCGGGCCGCCCUCCUGCGCUGCGAAGCCAUGGCUGUGCCCCCCGCGGACUUCCAGUGGUACAAGGAUGACAGACUGCUUAUCAGCGGCACGGCCGAGGGCCUGAAGGUGCAGACGGAGCGCACCCGCUCGAUGCUUCUCUUCGCCAACGUGAGCGCCCGGCAUUACGGCAACUACACGUGUCGCGCCGCCAACCGACUGGGAGCGUCCAGCGCCUCCAUGCGGCUCCUGCGCCCAGGAUCCCUGGAGAACUCGGCCCCCAGGCCCCCGGGGCCGCUGACCCUCCUCUCCGCCCUGGGCUGGCUGUGGUGGAGGAUGUAGGGAGAGCCCAGUGCAGAUGGCCGCCCCGGGGUGGGGCCCGAGGCUGAGAGCAG